AUGUCGACCUUUGAUGGCAUCGUGACAGAAUUCCCGGAUAUUCAAAUUGAUAACUUUCGGAAACCCCCUGAUGGACGACCACCACUUGCAUGCUUCCUCAGUCAUGUCCACAGUGAUCAUCUGUUUGGACUGGAAUCAUUCAGAAUCCCAUUCAUCUACUGCUCACAAGCCACGCGUGAACUGCUACUGCGGAUCGAAAAGUACCCGCAUCGGAUGAACUUUCAGAAAGGCAUCUUGGAGUCUCGUCGAUUGCAUUACAAGCAUCUGGCGAGAUUAUUGCGUCCGAUUCCAUUGAAUACACCGACAGAAAUAGAGUUGACCCCCCGGAGGAAGAUCCGGGUCACUCUGUUCGAUGCGAACCACUGCUGCGGGGCUGUGAUGUUCCUUAUUGAGGGAGAUGGCAAAACAAUCAUCUACACGGGAGAUAUUCGAGCGGAACCAUGGUGGGUUAGUGGUUUGGUGAGACAUCCCAUCCUUAUCCCGUACACAUUGGGUCGGAAGAAGUUGGACAAGCUGUAUCUGGAUACCACUUUUGCAGCCUCAUCAGAUCCCUUUCGUCGAUUUCCUUCCAAGGCCGAGGGCUUGGCAGAGCUACUACAGAAAUUGGAUGCUUAUCCAGAUGACACGAUCUUCUACUUUCGAGCCUGGACAUUCGGGUAUGAGGAGGUAUGGCUGGCAAUGGCCGCAGCACUGAACACUACGGUACAUCUGGAUCGAUAUCAGAUGGGACUUUAUCGCUCUCUUUCGGGCUCUUCUAGCGGUAGACCUGCACUCUGUGGCUUCAACAUGGGUAAUCGAGGUGUUGCCGGCUGCUUGAGUGACCAGGAGUCUAGCAGGAUACACAGCUGUGAACCUGGUGUAUCAUGUCCAGUGGCUCGCAGCCCCAACACAGUCUACAUCGUCCCCAUCGUGAAUCGCUCAAUUGAUGGUGCAGAAAUACCGGAAGUUGGUGCUGGCGGUGGCAUCGGUGAUUUGUAUCAGACGCACGAGCUGGAGCUGCCGAAUGAAACUGCUCUGGUUGAGCUAGAGAAGCUUUGUCUUCAGCUUAUCACUGACAAAAAUGUCCUGUUGCAGACGCAAAAGAAAAUCUCUGAUGCAUUCCAGUCAGGGAAAAGAACAUUGUCUCUUGAUAAAUUCGAUGUACAAGCGGAAGAAAAUAUCUCUCUGGAGCGCCUAGUGGCAAUUCUCAGCGAUAGCGAUCUGAACAGUCACAGAAGGGCCGAUAAGGCGGAUCUUCCGAACACGAUCCGCUUCCCUUACUCACGACAUUCAUCUUAUGAGGAGCUAUGCGAGCUUGUCACCGCUUUGAAACCUUAUGAUAUCCACCCUUGCACAGUGGAUCAAUCUUCCUGGAGCGAAAAUGUAUCCAUGGAACGUCUGUUCGGCCAUCUAUGUCCUGGCGAUAAUUUCAGUCAUGAUAUUCACAUGCACGAGACUCUGGACGAGGAUUACAAUACAGAGCAUACGCGUAAAAGAGCUCGCUAUGCGAGAAAUCGUUCGCCAAAAUCGACACCAUCUAGCGGUGUGGCUGAAGAGUCAGAUCAUAGCGUGCAGAUGAUUGACAUAGCCAAACCAAUGGAAGCAACACAUGAAUCCAACGCUCCUGCCCCAGAAAGAGAACACGCAAACCGUGACGACAUUCGGAGGGCACACCGCUAUCUGCAAGAACACGCCGAUCCAGGAAUAUUGCAAAUCGACCCUCUCCCCUCAUGGACGGAAGAAGAUUCAGGAACAGCCGUUACACAACGUCAGCCUGCAGUGCUUAGUUCACCAACCCUUGCCGAUUUUCAGAUCGAAGGAGGAGACGUAGAUUCUUCGCAAUCGCACAGCCAGCACUCUGCCUCUCGGUUCCAGCAAGAUAGUCAGCUAUCUGAUACACUAACAAUAUCAUUGUCUAUGACUGAGUCUAUUACUGAGUCUGAUUCCCAGAAGCCUGCGCGAGGAGGUCGGGACCGUGUUAUGGCUCGCUAUCGUGCCCGUAUGGCGGCUUUUAUUGCCGCGCAACGAGGAACCUACUCUGCGUGGGAGGAUGUGUCGCUCGUCUCGGCUGGUGGUCAUACUCAAGAGGAACCGGAGCUGUGA